UCUAGAAACGCAGAUAUGACCGCUCUCGGGUGCUUCUCCUCCAUUUUGGAUUGGCGAGGGAUCACAACCGCGCUGGUCUUCGUGGUCACGUACCUGUUGGGUCGCUUCUACAACCACGUGUCCAAGUACCCGAAGGGACCCUUCCCGCUUCCACUCGUGGGUAACCUGCUGGCUUUGCGCAAUGUGACCGACUUGCACGCCAAGUCAACCGAAUUGUCAAAGAAAUACGGCGACGUCUUCACUUUGUGGAUGGCCCACAGGCCUAUGGUGAUGCUGAACAGCUACGCUGUAAUUCGGGAAGCACUGGUGGAGAGACGGCACGAUUUCGCCGGUCGCUUUCCAACUAGAACAGCUGUCUUGCAAAACCAAGGCAACCACGAUAUCGUAUUCGAGGAUUACAACCCACAUUGGAAGGCUCUUCGGAAGGUGGCUUUGUCAGCGGUGAGGCAAUACGCGGCCAGUGAGUCACUGGAACAUCUUUGCGCGGACAUCGUCGACGCCUUUGUGGAUUCCUUAGAAGAAGGACCACAGAUCAUGGACUUCAGGAAACCUAUAUUCUCUAUGCUCUGCAAGGUUAUAGGGGUAUCUAUAUACGGUACGAG